UCUUCUUUAGCGCUCUUCAUUUUAAAGUCUCUGCACAAGAACCAGAGCAAAGCUACAAAAAAAAAAUUACAUAUUCAAAACCUUAAAGAAAAAAAACCUGAGAAGAGCUAUGAGAUCGAGCAACCAUCUAAUAGGUAUGGUCAACUUCCUCACCUUCCUCCUAUCGAUCCCAAUCCUAGGCGGAGGGAUAUGGCUAAGCAGCAGAGCUAACUCAACCGACUGUUUACGUUUCCUCCAGUGGCCACUCAUCGUCAUCGGAAUCUCCAUCAUGGUGGUAUCCCUAGCCGGAUUCGCCGGAGCUUGUUACCGUAACAAGUUCCUCAUGUGGCUGUACCUCGUGGCAAUGCUUCUCAUCAUCGCAGCCUUGAUAGGAUUCAUCAUCUUUGCUUAUGCAGUCACCGAUAAAGGAUCUGGUCGAAACGUGCUGAACAGGGGUUAUCUUGACUAUUAUCUUCAAGAUUAUUCCGGUUGGUUGAAGGAUAGGGUUUCUGAUGAUGGAUACUGGGGAAAAAUCAGCUCGUGUAUUAGAGAUUCUGGAGCUUGUAGGAAGAUCGGAAGGAACUUUAAUGGCGUCCCUGAAAGUGCUGAUAUGUUCUUCCAGAGAAGCCUUAGCCCUGUUGAGUCUGGCUGUUGCAAGCCGCCAUCAGAUUGCGGGUAUGCAUAUGGUAACGAGACGUUUUGGACGCAAGGAGGAGGGCUGGUAGGAGCAAACCCGGACUGUAUGUUGUGGAAUAACGAACAGAGCAUGCUCUGUUACCAGUGCAGUGCUUGUAAAGCGGGUGUUCUAGGGAGCUUGAAGAAAAGCUGGAGAAAAGUGUCCGUGAUCAACAUCGUGGUGCUUAUUAUUCUCGUUAUCUUCUACGUGAUCGCUUAUGCGGCUUACAGGAAUGUCAAGAGGAUUGAUAACGAUGAGCCGGGCGGUGAGGCUAGGAUGACAAAAUCACACCCUAGUCAUUUCCACCUUUGAUCAAAAUUAUGGUAAAGUUUAUUACAUGUUAAUGAAAAUCUGAUGAGAAACAAUGCAACGAAAGAUGGGUGCUUUGAUAUAUGUUUUCACUUGCUUAUGAUUUAGUACUUUCGUGUUUGUUUUUGAUAUGUAACACAUUUCUUUGUGUGUGUAUACUAUUUAUGAUUGAAACUAAAUAUUAUUGUUUCUUUAAA